ACAAAAUGAUAUCCUGUUCGUCUUCUCCGCCUCUGAAAAAAGAGCACAGCUGCUCAGGUAAAUCUCCUUCAUGGCAUUUCCCACCUCCCCCUCACUUUCGUCCAUUACGACGUCCCUGCCUGUUUCUUCAUCGUCUUCAUCCUCCUCCUCAUCCUCCUCCCGACCGGUCUUUCCCAAUCGCUCCGCCGCCCGCCAACCGCAGCCCGCCACCGAGAAGCCAUCCCUCUCCGACCAACUCCGCCCCCUCUCCCUCACCCUCCUCAAGCAAUCAUCCUCCCUUCUUCUCACACCCUCCAAUCCGAACCCCACCUGGACCAAUCCCUCCAAACCCAAACACCCCAUCCUCCUUCCACACCGUCACCCCCGCCAUACGCACUCCCAAAACCCCGAUCUCCGCCUACUCUUCCUGUCAUCUCGUUCCCUCUCCGCCUCCUCCUCCGACGAAGAUUUCAACACCGCCUUCCCCGACCCCCUUCCCCGUUCCUCCGCCCUCCUCCUCCUCAACUCUAUCCACCCAUGGCAAAAGGCCCACCGCUUUUUCCUCUGGCUCCAAUCCAAAUCCCCCUCCUCCACUCUCGAAACCAUUUUCUAUAACAUAGUCCUCAAAUCCCUACGCGCCGGCCGUCAAUUCGCUCUCGCCGAAUCCCUAGCCAACGAAAUGAUCCGCCAUGGCGUCCCCCUUGACAAUAUCACGUAUUCCACCCUCAUCACAUGUGCGAAGCGCUGCCGCCACUUCGACCGCGCGAUCUACUGGUUCAACCAAGUCUACAGAAAUGGCCUCUUGCCUGAUGAGGUCACCUACUCUGCCAUCCUCGAUGUGUACGCGGAGCUCGGCCGGCGAGAGGAGGCGAUCGCGCUCUACGAGCGUGCGCGUGCCGGUGGCUGGACACCGGACCACGUGGCCUUCUCCGUCCUCGCAAAGAUGUUUGGUGACCUGGGGGAUUGUGAUGGGAUUCAGUACGUUCUUAAAGAACUGAAGACGCUUGAGGUGAAGCCUAAUGUGGUGCUGUAUAAUACGCUGCUGAGUGCGCUGGGGAAGGCCAAGCAACCUGGUCUUGCACGCGACCUGUUUGACGAAAUGCUUGCUGCUGAAUUGACCCCGAAUGAGAAAACACUAACUGCGAUGAUUAAGAUUUAUGGGAAAUCGAGGUGGGGGAAGGACGCGCUGGAGUUUUGGAACACAAUUAAAGCGAAGAAAUGGCCUGUAGAUUUUAUUUUGCGUAACACUUUACUGAACAUGUGUGCUGAACUUGGUUUGGAGGAUGAUGCAGAGAAGCUGUUUGAUGAAAUGCGGCAGUCAGGCAAAGGUCAGCGGCAACAACCAGAUAGCUUUAGCUACACAGCAAUGAUCAAGAUAUAUGGUAGCAGCGGCAAGCCCGACAGAGCGCUGCGGAUGUUUGAUGAAAUGCUUGAGAAAGGGGUGGCGCCAAAUGUGAUGGGAAUCACAUGCUUAAUCCAAUGCCUGGGAAAGGCUGAGAAGAUUGAUGAUGCUGUGCAAGUAUUUAACAUAGCACUGGAGAAAAAGAUAAAGUGUGAUGACCGACUUUGUGGUUGCUUGCUCUCGUUGGUGGCUAUGUGCAAUGAAGCCAAUAAGAGCAAGGUGCUUGCUUGCUUGGAGAAGGCUAAGCCAAGGUUGGUUGGGUUUGUGGAGAUGCUAAGCGACGAAGGAGCUGACUUCAACGAAGUUAAGGAGGAGCUGAAGGGGAUUCUGAACGAAGCUGCUGUUGAUGUUCGUAGGCCAUAUUGUAAUUGCUUGAUAGAUAUAUGUAGGAACAGAGGGUAUCCGUCUCAGAGAGCUCAUGAGCUUCUGCGUUUGGGAACCAUGUAUGGAUUGUAUCCUGGAUUGCAUACAAAAGGGUCUGAGAAAUGGGAUUUGAAUCUGAGGUCUCUAUCGGUUGGUGCAGCCUACACUGCUUUUGAUGGGUGGAUGGAGACUUUAUUGGAUUUGAUUGAGGAUGAAGAAGCUUUGCCUCAGAUUUUUUCUGUUCAAACUGGUUCUGGAGCUCACAGAUUUUCACAGGGGUUGGGCUCUUCUUUCAGCUCAUAUUUGAAGGAGUUGGCUACUCCAUUCUGGGAGAAUGGAGAGAGUGGCUGUUUUGUUGCUAGAAAAAAAGAUUUGCUCUUAUGGCUGAGGUCUACAAUUUCUUCAGAUGUGGCUGUUGCCAUAUAGAUUGAGGUUUGAGCAGUCUUUCGAUUCUUUUAAUGUUAAUUAGAUCAUGAAAAUGUCUUCCUUUCAUGUUUUCUUACCAUAAUUAUGAAUUUAAAGGGAAGGUUAACUUUCUCAUAAUAAUCAUAUCGCAAAGUUUUCAGAUUCUCUUGCUUUAUGAUGGCUUAAUCCAGCCAUCCAAGGAAUAAAAGUAAGGGGCAUUAAGAUUGUAGAAACCUUGAAGU